AUGUACCGCUCUCCUAAAGAUUUAAACUAUAAUUUUGAAGAUUCAGAUUCAGAUGCAAUUGCUCGGAUUGACGAUACCCUUGCGCGCAGUCGAAAAGUGGUACAAGAUUCUAUCGAGCUGACCAAAAAAAGUGCUGAACGAAAAGCUGAGCUCGAAAAAAAGCUCCAAAAAUCAUUUGAAUCUUUUCAAGAGGAAGAAGACUCCCAGCAAACUUCAUUUUCUUCAAAACUAGACAAAAAGCCACCAAUUUAUUCAUCUUUGCGGUCAAGUUCGCCUCAUUAUGAAAUCUUACCUUUGCAAGAGGCUUUAACACCUUCGAUUGGCAAUUCAAAAAUCCUCGAUUCCAGGUUUCUUCAAAGUGACCAAAUCAAAGACCUACAAGAGCGGCUGCAGAAUGAAGAACAAAUGAAGAAAAACUAUGAAAAGGCCCUUAGAGAAACCAGAGUUUGCUUACAGGAAUAUGAAAAGCGGGAUCUUGAUAAGGAAAACCAAAUCCAAGAGUUGAAAAAUUUGAUUAACCAGACGUUGGAAAAGGAUGAGUUUAAAGAAUUUACCAAUGAUUUUGAAUUUGGGACAAAUAAAGAAAACGAGCUAAAUCAUGUAAGAAAGCUGUCAACUGACAAUGAACUCGCCAAGCUUAAAAACGAAAACGAGGCUUUAAAGAAAGAAAUUGUGGAGCUUAAAAACGAAUUUGAAGAAGAAAAGGGAAAAUUGCAAGCAGAAAUAGAGAUGAUGAGGCGAGAAAAGAAAUCUUUAGAGGUAGAUUAUCAUAAUCUCUACAACGUACAUUCACACUCUUCUAAUGGCUCUUUAGACGUGAAUAUCAUGCAAGAGCUUCAGUUCGCCAAAGAUAAACUUCAGGAGCUGCAAAAUGAAUACAGCAGAAAUUAUUCAGAAAUCAAGCAAAAAUUAUACCAUUUCUAUAAGAAUUGCUUAUUUGUUAUCUAUUUUUUUAAAAAAAAUAUGAUUAUUAUAUAUGUAUAUAGAUAAACAAGUAGCUGAAAACAUUAAGCUUACUAUGAAAUCUUCCCCUGACUAUAUAGACAAGCUCGAAAAUAAAUACCAAGUGUUAGAAGAGAAAUACCAAGACCAAGUCGCUUAUAAUAAAGAGCUGCAAAAGCAAUUCAAUAGAAUUGAUGAUGACAAUCGUGUAGCUUUUAAGCAGUCUUAAACUUAAACUUCAUUAAGAUUAUAGAAAAGCUCUGGUAGAUCCUGUGAGUGCAUAGCUCUUCCAUGUCUUCGUUGGGCUGUCUGCUGCCACCUCAUCAGGGGCUAACUUCUCUUCUGUCUGAGGCUCUAAUCUAAGGAGAUUGAAGUGGACUAGAUCGCCGUAUAGUACACCUGACUUGGGUUGCCCUUCUAGAAAAUCCGGAAAAAAAACGAUUUUUCUGGUCGAGGUGUUGGCCAAGAUGGAAUUGAAGCCUGUGAAGUCGCUCAGUAUUGUGCUAGGAUUCAUCCGAUUCGUCCUAAGGACUUUGCUAGGCUUUCUUCUUCCAAUCUCAAGCAUCCAUCUUUCCCAAGAGUUAAAACCCUGACUUGGAGUAAGCUACAGUAGACCUAAUCCGACAUUGCGCUCCAUCAGACCAAGUAAAAAUUUGGCCGGAGCACAUUAACGAACGCCAUUCCGCUUCCACCAGGUCCUAGGUCGCCCACAGCUUAGGAUGAUGAAUUGGUUUGCCACGGCAUUUUAAUGUAUAUAGCUUUUAAGCAGCCAGAUAUCAAAGAUUUUGAAAUCCAAAUGAAGAAAAACGCUGAUAAAAUUAAAGAGCUUGAAGAGAAAAUUAAUACCACAAGUAGUAGGUAUAAGAAAUUGAAAACACAUGUCGCCAAAAAAUAUUCGCUUGAGUCCUUGUCAAAAGAUACACCAAGGCAAACCCCAGCUUUAACAAAAGAGGGAAAGGCUAAAAAGGUGAAAAGCAAAAAAUCUCAUAAGACGAGGUCAAAAAGUGUGGAAAAAAAUAGAAAAUCAAGUGUAAAGUUGAUGCAGAUAAAAUCAGAUACCCCAAGAAGGAAAUUUACACCUUUAAGAUAA